CUAGCUAGAUUGUUUUAAGCAUUAGCUUUUUUUUUCCAAGACUGGAAGCACUUGCUUUUCAGUUUAGUCAAGUAACACCAUUAUGGUUGUGUCUCCAGCGGUCAAAACACUGUGUGAAAAUCCAAACGAAGUCUUCAUAGACGUCGCAAAAUUAUUACUUACGUACGCGGACAAUAUUCUGAGGUAUCCAAAUGAGGAGAAGUAUAGAUCUAUCCGUAUUGGCAAUCCCACCUUCUCCACUAAGCUGCUGCCCAUUAAAGGAGCUGUGGAAUGUCUCUUUGAAAUGGGCUUUGAGGAGGCUGAGACACACCUGGUCUUCCCCAAGUCUGCAUCAGUGGAACAACUGAGGCUCAUCAGGGACUCUAUCGCAGCAGAGAGGGAUCAGAGGCUGCAUGGGGGAUGUUCUGUUCAGCCCGCUGCUCCUCCUGCUGCGGCCUCAGCAUCAGAGAGCUCAACUCCUGCCUCUGGCCAGCCUGUAGCGCCAUCUGCACAACAGCCAUCGUCCCUGGAGAGCAGUAUGAAUUUCUUUGUGACUCUUCAGUCAAACUUCCAAGAUGUGAUGCAGUAUGAAAACACUGAGCUGCAACAGAAAGCUAGAAGCAUUAUCCCACACCUGGAGCUGUCUUCUGCUGCUCAACACAAGCUGAAGGAGGCUAAAGAGGCUGACCCAGAAUGUAAACUUGGAAUCGAGGAGUUCUUGGUGCUGGAGUUACUCAGAUGGUUCAAACAGGACUUCUUCUCCUGGGUGAACUGCUUGCCUUGCAGCCGGUGUGGAGGUCCAACCCAAAACGCCCACUCUCUCAGUCCGAGUGCAGAUGACCUACGUUGGGGAGCUCACCGAGUGGAGAACCACUUCUGUCAGAGCUGCCAGUUUUCCACAAGAUUCCCCAGAUACAACGAUCCUGAGAAGUUAUUGGAAACCAGGAGGGGGCGCUGUGGAGAGUGGGCCAACUGUUUUACUUUGUGUUGCAGAGCUCUCGGCCUCGAGGCCAGGUACAUCUGGGACAGCACAGACCACGUAUGGACAGAGAUUUACUCGCCGUCUCAGCGUCGUUGGCUUCACUGCGACUCGUGUGAGAAUGUCUGUGAUAAACCGCUGCUGUAUGAGGUUGGCUGGGGGAAGAAACUAGCCUACGUUCUGGCCUUCUCCAAGGACCAGGUGGUUGAUGUGACCUGGAGGUAUUCCUGCAAACAUCCAGAGGUGUUGACAAGAAGAACCAGAGUCCAGGAGGCUUGGUUGCUGCACACCAUCAAUGGGCUUAAUACGUCUAGACAACAUGUUCUGAGUCCAGACAGGAAGAGGGAGCUGACAGAGAGGCUGCUUGUUGAGCUGGUGGAGUUCAUUUCCCCAAAGAAGCCAAAACCAGGAGAGCUGGGGGGCCGUAACUCUGGUUCUCUAGCUUGGCGGUUAGCACGUGGUGAGACCGGAGAUGCUGAUACUGGGACAUCCACACAGGCUGCAGCUUUUGUUUUUACUCCUAGUGAGAAAGAAAAGAGUGACAGAUUACUGCACAUGCGAUACAAUGCUGCCAAGGACCAGUACUGCAGAGUGUCCAGCGACUCAGAGAUGAUCCCAGACUGGGAUCGGUGUGUGUGGACAAAGGAGUCUGUCUUCAGGAAGGUGGAGAACGACUGGCAGAUGGUGUACAUAGCCCGAGCAGAAGGCUCUACUGUUGGAAGAAUCAGCUGGAAGUUUGACUUUGCUCCAGCGGGGAUGAAGAUAGAGUCCGUCUCCAUCAUGGCCAGCAGCCAGACCUUCCAUUCUGCUAAUGUCUGUUGGCACGUGCGGUCAGGCAAGACUACUACCGAGUUUUCUGGAGAUGGGAAGAUGCAGUCGUUCCCCAGCCUGUCCGGCUCUUCGGAGCUCAUCGUCGCAGCAGAACUCAGUGGGGGAGAAGGGGACAACUCAUGGCAGCACUCUCAGCUCUUCAGGCAGAGUUUGAAAGAACCAGAGUCGACUUCGUUUGAAGUCAUCAUCCAUCUACAAGAUGCAUAACAGUUGUUUUUACUUUAAAAACUGGACCUGUAAUUCUUGUUCACUGUUGGUUGCCCUGAUAACUUCAGAGCUAUUCCUUUAACUGGGGAUUAAAAUGGUUGUAGCUUAUGUUGACAAAUCAGUGCAAUAUUCAAACAUGUUAGUCCUCCAAUGUGUGUAAACUUGCUUGGAUGAAUGAUAGAUGAAUGGAUAUGUUACUUUUGUACUUGUGAUACGUUUUAAACAUUUGAUUUGGCAAUCAAUUAACCAGAAAUUGACGUUUUUAAGUAUAAGCCAUAGAGUUCUUGUAAUAUUUGCCUCCACUAUGUGUAUAUAUCUGAGGAUACAUUUGUCUUCAUAGGCUGUUUAGAUCACCUGCCAGUAAUAAACUGUCAUAUUUGGUGAG